CUAGGUUGAAGUGUAACAGGAGGCUGCAAGAAACUUGUCUCUCUCCCUCAAGUCACGUACAGUUUUAUUUUGCACCCUCCAUUUCCAAUGCUAAUGCUCCGAUAGGCAGCAAAAUUAUUUUUUUCUGAAGCAAACGCAAAAUAUUAUUUUUAUAGCAAUGGCAUUUUUUAACAUUCAAACCUUGCUGGAAGCAGCCGAGUACAUCGAGAGGCGAGAGAGAGAAGCAGAACACGGUUACGCGUCGACGUUGCCUUGCGAUGUCGAAUUCAACAGGAAGAAAGCCAAAACGAAGAAAACCCCAAAUAACAGAUCAUCGCACAAUGAGUUGGAAAAGCACAGAAGAGCCAAGCUGCGGCUGUACCUGGAGCAGCUGAAGGAGCUGGUUCCCCUCGGACCCGACUGUUCUCGGCACACCACCCUCAGUCUGCUCAAGCGAGCACGGACUCACAUCAAGAAGCUGGAGGAACAGGACAAGAAGGCUCUGCACCAGAAGGAGCAGCUGCAGCGAGAGCGCCGUUACCUGCGCCGCCGCCUCGAGCAGUUGGCCGUGCAGGGCCUGGAGCGUCUGCGGACGGACAGCCUGGGCUCCGCCAUCUCCACAGACCGCUCCGACUCCGAGCAAGAGGCAGACGUGGACAUCGAGGGCAUGGAGUUUGUCCCGGGAGAGUUGGACAGCGUGGGCAGCGCCAGUGAUGUGGAUGACCACUACAGCUUCCGGAGCAGCUCGAGCGACAGCGGCUAUGCAGACUCGCGCACGAUCACCCCCCGGCUCUCGUAGUGGCUGUCCCGGGGCGGCAGAGGACCACCAGGCAGCACACGGCACUUACAGACCAGUCUCCUCUCUUGCCCGAGGGUUUAAACUGCGACUGCUUCACAUCCUCCACCGCCAGCUCUCGUAUUGCUCUUACCCUCCCGCUGUUCCUUGCAGACCCUGACUGGAUUCCAACGGACCAGACUGGACCCACCACAACCACCCCACCGCCUCCCUCCCCACCCCCCCCACCCAAACCCAACCUGGACCGGAUUACAACUCUCCCGGAGGGGAGUGAACCAGACCAGUAUGCACCCAUCCUGGAGUGGAGUAAACGGGACCCAUCCCCACCCUCCCGGGGUGGAGUAAACUGGACUGGACGCCAACCCUCCCUUAGCAGAGUUAACCGGACCGGAAUGUAUGCAUCCCGGAGUGGAGUAAACAGUACCCAUCCCUGACCCUCCUGGAGUGGAUUCAACUGGACUGGAGUUCUUCCGCGCACCCCCCCCCCCCCCCCCCCCCCCCCCCCCCCGCCUUGAGUGGAGUGAACUGGACUGGACUCCACCCCCUCCCGGAGCAGAUUCUGCUUGGACCCCACCCCUUCCAGUACAAACCUGACUGGACCACUCAUACCCCCGGAGCAGAACAGACUGGACUGUUCACCUCCCCUCCUGGAGUGGAUCGGAUCAGAUCAGAUCCCACCCUGACCCAGUCCCCUGUUACGGACCAGACUGUGUCUGAUUUUGGUUCACGGUUGUAAGGCAGGUAGGGAUGGUAUUAGCAAUAAUUCAGGGCGCGUGGGAGAUGUUACGGUGGUCAAGAGCCAGCUCUAAUGAUUAGCCUCACAAGUAGAGCUUUGAUUUUCUUUAAGAAGUUUCUUUGUUGAAUCCAAACUACCGUGGAGACCCCACGAUAAAAGUUAAGGCGGGCAGCAGGUGAAGCCUGCCCCGACCGAGGCUCCCCCGGGCACACAGUGCACGGGUCGACAGCCUGCCCCAUCUCUGAUCACAUAUCUUAAUGCCCACCUUCCACGGAGUAACCCAAGGGUUUUAUUGCCUCCUUGUUGAUCUAUAGAAGCCAGCAGUGUUACACUGAGCAGUGUUAUGUGCAGCACUGCCUGGCUACAGAAACCCUCUCCACUGAUCUGUCCUUUAGAUCGCUUCUGUUCAAAGUGUAAGUGAAACUGGUUGCUUUUACAGUCUGCUUGGUGUUGGUCAUUAGAGCAUGGCUUCAUAGACAAACUGACCAAUUUUUUAAAUUACAAGUCUCAAGAGAGGUCUCUUCAAAAAAAAAACUUACAAAAAAUAUUAGUCGAGUAAUUUUAACCGGUGUAGUCUCAAAAUUUCCUGUAUCAAAAUUUUGUAUUAUAUUUUCCUAAAUGUUAUCUAAACCGUGCUUGUUGGGGAGAGCAGGGGUGGCAGAGAGGGGUGGGUACGGCAAGGAAGGGUUCGCCUCCAGACCAGAGUCUCUCUGCCAUUGUCACGUUGUGCCUUGGUGACUGUUCCUCAGGGACCCCCUGUCGGUCUCGGGAUUGCUGGCACUGAGCUUGCCUCCUCCCCACCUCCCUUCCCCGGACCACCGCCCCCCCCCCCCCCCCACGCCCCCUCUCAGAAACCGAUGAGAAGAACUUCUCGGCAGCUCUCGACCUUGUUUUUUGCACUCUCAAGCCGACUGUCCGCCACCCUACAAGUGAGGCGGCUGGUUCUGGCUGGGGCUCUUCAUGUGAGCUCCCUCCACCCCUCCCUCCUGCUGGGAACAGUCGGAGGUUAGAACAUGGCAGCUGAAUUUUAGAAAAAAAACUUUUUAAAAACAAAAUAGUGUAUGCUAUUACAAUAUAGUGUUAUUACUGGACCAGUAAUUAAAAAUACACUAUCAAAACCCCUCCCUGAGGGGUCAGACAGUGCAUGGUGUUGGACAGACUGCCACAUUUACUGCAGUUUUUGUUUUGAAGGUUAUCUUGAGUUUAGUUGUGUUGUUCUCUCUGUCUCGUAGACCACCAGCUUCCGAAUCACGAAAGCAAUAGAGGUUUUACCUUCACUAGUCUCGCGACUGUUAUCAGGAUCAAACCUGGAAUCCGUCCCUGUAUUCACUAGACGACGGGCUGCUCUGAUCAAACACACAAGGAAACAAGGAUCUGUUUGCUAAGAGUGAAACUCUCGCACAGAACCUCAGGCUCCCCGAGAUGAAUUGGGGCCAGAUCGAACGAGGGUUUGACCACGGGGGUAGACUUGCUGAGGAGGGGAGGGGCAGCUGGUGGGGCUGUGGUGUGGGAGGGUUGCUUUGACCCCCCUCCCCCCUUCCCCAUUCCUCCUCUCCUCGCACACAGAUCAGCCAAGUGUUCGAUCCUACGUUCCUGGGAGAUGUGCCAGACUGCGGGCUGUUCUAACCCUUUGUUUCCUUGCCUGUUUAUUAAUCUCUCCCUCCCUCUCUCUCUCAGGGUAAGUCUCCCAGCUUGGAGCCUGAAUUGAACCUGCACUUCCCGGGCUCCUUUGAGACUUGAAGGGUCCUUGGGGGGUUGGGGGGGGGUGGUGGUGGUGGUGUUCUCUUGACAGGGUGGAGGUGAAGAGGGCGCUCCCUCUUGUGGGAGAAUCUAGAAGGAGGUGUCACUGUUUAAAACGAGCCGGCCACUUAAGGCAUAGUUUGUUGUCUGAGGGGCUGUGGGUCUCUUCCUCAAAGGACCCAGAGCGAUUGAAUAUUAAGGCAGAGGGUGGUGGGUUCUUGGAAGAUUGAGGGGGUGGAAGGUUACUGGAGGUAAAUGAAUGCAGAGUCGAGGUUACGGUCAGAACUGCUGUGAUCUUACGGGACGGUGGAGUGGGCUUGAGGGAAGCCCUUCGCUGGAAUGGUCCAGAACCGGUUCAUCUGUGUCAGACAAGGAUGUUGAGGAAUGUGCAUCUGGGGUGCAAGUUGGCCAACGUGCUGCAAUGGCCUGUAAGGUUUCUGCAUAUGCGUGGGGGGCGUGUGGGGCAAGAGAUAGGGCAUGCCAGGGCUGUAGCUCCCCAGGAUGAAGAGGUUGUGGGUGUUGGCUUUUGUUGGAUGGCCUGUGUACUGCCUGGGGAGAUGGGAGCCAGGCCUGGGGGCUCCUCCUCCUCAAACGUGGCUGCCCCACAGGAGGUAAUUCGGACACCAAAGACUCCGCUGCAGCCCUGGGUACUUCCUCCGGGGCGGGGGUGGACCUCCUGAGCUCUUUAUUGCCAACCACCUGCUGGUUCCUUCUUCCCACCGCUCAUUGAGCCGCCAGGUCUUUUGUUGCAGACAGCAGCUCGAGAGGGGGAGAAAUUUAACCUGCCCUCCCCCCUCCCAUACCUGAACCCUGAGGGUCCCCCCCAGAGACCAAAGUGUUUGCUGUUCAGGGAGUCGCUGGGGCUGGGAUGUCUCCGAGGGGAAAAUAACCAGAUGAUUCCCAACAUUUCUUGGGUGCCGUGUAAUGAAGUUGGCCAUGAGGAAGAAGUCCCAUUUUGGUGCCUCGGUCCCAGUAGGCUCUAACUCAAUGUCUUCCAUUAACUUCCAACUGCCUAAAUAGAAAGCAGUUGUCCUUAGGUUCGUAGCAGGGACGUGGUGGCUUGAAGGGCCUGUUUCUGUGCUGUACAUCUCUGACUGAAAGUGACCUCAUGAACAUGCCCCACACUACAGACACACCCCCUCUCAGUCACAGGAUGAGUCCUUGAUCUAGUUGUUGAGAAGUCAGCUGAAUUUGACCCACAACUAGCCCCAUGCCACAGAGAUGCAUCAGCGGAAAGAUGGGCUGGUGUUUUGUGCAUUUUAAACGUGAAAUAGGAAACUUUAGCAGUGAAGCUUUUUUUUUGUUGUUGCUGGGGUGGGAGAGGAAAGGUUGGUAGAGGUGGGACUGGCAGGAAAUGUAGACUUUAUAUUUUAAAUAAGGUCUCCAAGAGACCAAAACUGUUCCAUCCAUUUGUACAAUUGAUUAUUGCAAAGCAUUUAGGCAAUUGACUUUUUGUACUGCUUCACGAGGAAUAUUGGCCUCGUCUGCUGGCUCCUGGGCCUUGAAGAAGAGGAAGUUACUGCAGUAUUAAAUCAUUUUGUUCCCUAAUCACUGGCUAUUUCUUUAUUUUAAAAAAAGCUUUUUUUUAAAGAAGUGAAAUCUCCUUUAUAGAAGGUGGACUGAAUUAUUUCAUGUCAUCUGGCAUUGGGAAUUUUAACUUGGACGGUGUCUUUUUGUGGGUGAUGGGGAUUGUGAACAUUCUCUCCGCCUUUUUGAUAAACGAGAUCGGGGAACUCCCGAGACACGAGCUGGUGAGGCUUCAGUAACUCCAGUUUCUGUGGAACAGAAUCACUUUAUUCUUGAUGUGUGGUUGGCCGCAGGGGUGGGGAGAGGGCAGCGAGGAGGCCUUUGCGAAUGGCUUGAGGUACACUGGAUGGGUUCUGUGCCGGAGACUUGUGAAUAUGUAUUGAGGAGCUCCCUUCAGUAUAGAAUGCUUUAUAUAGCUCCUAAGAUGUAUAAUAUAAAUUCACACAUUCAUGGUGCUGGCUACCCUUGUAGCACAGUGAAGGCAAUGUGGUGUAUCAUUCUUUCAUUGUAAUAUAAUAAAACAUUUUUUUACAUCA